CUCCCACUAUCGCACCACUGCGGUAAGAGAGAGGAAGGCAGCUGUAGAGGGGGACCUGGCAGCCACCGUCCACUUGUUUGUGCACUUGGCGUAAUAUCCAGGUGGCGAGUGCGCCUUUGCCGACUUUACCACAGACGGAGACUAGCAGGACUUUACGCGUACCAGCUUGAGAGGGGAUAACAGCAGCUCCGAGGACAAUCCUAUACGGCUCAGCAGAAAGACUGGAAGGUGAACUUUUGGGUCUUGCUCCGCGAUUUUCACCACAUCUCCAUAACGUUGGGAGCGAGACCUGCUUAUUAUGUCAGAGAGGAUGGGACCGCUACUCGUUUCCAUCGUCCUCUGUUUGAGCGCCGCUGUCCCGCAGUUGGUAAAAGCAGCAGAUGGUGAGGAACCAACUUCAGCAGGUCCUUGCCAUCCAAACCCCUGCCACAACAGAGGAACGUGCGAGAUCAGCGAGACCUACAGGGGCGACACCUUUAUUGGGUAUGUCUGCAAGUGUCCACCAGGCUUCAUUGGAAUUCACUGCCAACACAAUGUUAACGAAUGAAGGGACCCGUGCAAGAAUGGGGGCAUUUGCACAGAUCUGGUUGCCAACUACUCUUGUGAAUGCCCAGGAGAGUAUAUGGGGAGGAACUGCCAAUACAAAUGCUCUGGGCCACUGGGCAUGGAGGGAGGUAUCAUCUCCAACCAACAAAUAACAGCCUCCUCCACCCACCGAGCUCUGUUUGGCUUGCAAAAGUGGUACCCGUACUUUGCACGCCUCAACAAGAAAGGCCUGGUCAACGCUUGGACGGCUGCCGAAAAUGACAGAUGGCCAUGGAUCCAGAUAAACCUGCAAAGGAGAAUGAGGGUCACCGGCCUAAUUACCCAGGGUGCAAAGCGUAUUGGCAGCCCAGAGUACGUCAAGUCUUACAAAGUAGCCUCCAGUGAUGACGGGAAGACCUGGAGAACAUACAAAGUGAAGGGCACAGAUGAGGACAUGAUAUUCAGAGGAAAUGUCGAUAACAACGCUCCAUCAGCCAAUUCCUUCACCCCUCCUAUUGAGGCUCAGUACAUUCGUAUUUACCCACAAGUCUGCAGGAGGCACUGUACCCUGCGCAUGGAGCUGCUCGGAUGUGAGCUAACAGGCUGCUCUGAACCAAUGGGAAUGAAGUCGGGCCACAUCCAGGACUACCAGGUCACAGCCUCCAGCAUUUUCAGGACACUCAACAUGGACAUGUUCACUUGGGAGCCCGGCAAGGCCCGGCUGGACAAGCAGGGCAAAGUGAACGCUUGGACAGCCGGACACAGUGACCAGUCUCAGUGGCUACAGGUGGACAUGCUUGUGCCGACCAAGAUCACAGGUAUCAUCACCCAGGGUGCCAAAGACUUUGGUCAUGUCCAGUUUGUUGGCUCUUACAAAGUGGCCUACAGUAACGACGGAGAGCGAUGGAUUGUAUAUCAAGAUGACAAACAGGGGAAGGACAAGGUCUUCCAAGGCAACUUUGACAACGACACACACAGAAAGAACGUGAUAGAUCCACCCAUCUAUGCUCGGCUCAUCCGGAUCCUUCCCUGGUCAUGGUACGGCAGGAUCACUUUGCGUGCAGAGAUACUCGGAUGCACAGAGGAAGAGUGAAACCCUCUCCUCCAUCCUUCUGGCCCUCUCCCCUGUUCCCUGGCAUACUGGAGUAUCUCAGCCGGUAUUUCAAUAUAAACUGUGCAACCUGUAAAAAGAAAUCGAUUUCCAAUGGAUUUUUCAAGAAUAUGUGUUUGGUUGUGGUGGGUUGCUGUUUGUUUUCUUUUUGUACAAUGAUUUAAACCUGCCCCCUCCGCCCCCCUCCCUCCCCGUCCCACUUUCGUCUUUUAAUUUCCUCUUUAACGUGUGAUCUUUGUCUUUUUAUUCCUCUCAAGGUUUUCCAUCCUGUUUGGAAUGAACUUAUGUA